AUGGUCGCCCAGUCGGACGGAAAGACUUCGCCGUUACUCUCCCUCGGCGCCGGGGGCAUCGCCGGCGGCGUCGAGGCCGCCUGCACAUACCCCUUCGAGUUCGCCAAAACGCGGGUGCAGCUCUACGGGCACCAGAAGGGCACGCGGAACCCGUUCGCCAUCGUCCUGCGCGUCGCGCGCGACGAGGGCCUGCCGGCGCUGUACAAGGGCUGCAGCACCAUGAUCGUCGGCUCCAUCGGCAAGGACGCCGUCCGCUUCGUCGCCUUCGACAGCAUCCGCUCCGUCUUGGAGGACAAGGAGACGCGCACCCUGGGCCCCGCGCAGAGCAUCGCGUCCGGCAUGGUGGCCGGCGUCGUGAGCAGCACCGUCAUCGUGACGCCGAGCGAGCGCGUCAAGACGGCGCUCAUCGACGACGCCAAGACGACGCGGAGGUUCCGGGGCGCCCUCGACUGCAUCGCGACCCUCACGCGCGAGCAGGGCGUCCUGAAGGCCCUGUGGCGGGGCUACGUGACCACGACGCUGAAGCAGAUCGGCACCACGGGCUUCCGGCUCGGCAGCUACAGCAUCAUCAAGGACUUUGAGCGGACGCGCGGCGUCAGCCCCGAGGGCCCCGUCAUGAGCUUCGCCAACGGCGCCCUCGCCGGCACGGUGACCACGCUGGCGACGCAGCCGUUCGAUACCGUCAAGACGAAGGCGCAGCGGGCCAAUGCCGUCGGCACCAUGGAGUCUUUCCGGGCCAUCAUGGCCGAAGACGGGGUCAGGGGCCUCUGGAGGGGCACCGUCAUGCGGCUGGGCAGGACAGUGCUGGCGGGCGGCAUCUUGUUCAUGGCUAAUGAGCAGGCGAUGAAGGGGUUGAAGCUUCUUACGGGUAGAUGA